UUCCACUUGAACAACCAACUUGUUUGGGGCACAUUCCCAGGCAGCAAUGUGGAGGGAAAGAGCCGUUUCGUGCAGCUGACAACUUACCCAUUUCUUUUUCUUUUUAAUAAUUUUGCGAAAACGGACACAGGUCUGAUCCAGAUGUUUAUAGUUUUCUGCUCUGACAUAAAAAGGAACAUACUAAAAACGUUUGCCCAACUUUUUUGUAGGGGGGAAAAAGUCUCUCGUGUCCAGAAAACUGUAACUUUGUGGGGCCGGCGUCGUGCGUAAAAGCGUCUCUUCUCGGGGUCUGAUCCCCUAAACCGUCGCUUCUUUUGCACCAGGAUAUCUGGAGGUACAUCUGGAGCGUCCUUCUCGACAGAACCCGUCACUCGACUUGACUUGAUUUGUUCCUUCGGGGUGUUUUGGAGGAUCGGAUUCCAUGCUCCAGCACUUCAGGGGACAUAUUCGGUGCCACAAGUUGACUAUCGCUGCGGAGAAAGCCAAACUUUGUGAAUAAGUUGCUGCAUCCGGCCACUGACGCGAAGCCUGACGAACAUCUUAUGGUGGAUUAGUGGAGGAUUCAUCAUCAUGGAAGAGGGACAGCAUUGAGAAAACGGAGCUUUGGAAAAUGCAGUUUGGUUUAGCGUUAGUUUGAAGGCUGCACUGUGCGAUCUGCGCUCCUUUAAUACGCAAGCGAGGGGGGCUUAGUGACCCUAUAGUCUGUUUAUAUCCUUUUUAUUAUUAUUUUAAUUCCCCUUAAAAUGCCUCAAUUAAACGGAGGGGGUGGCGAUGAUUUGGGGGCGAAUGAUGAGAUGAUCUCGUUCAAGGACGAAGGGGAGCAGGAGGAGAAGAUCUCAGAAGAUGUAUCUGCGGAGAGGGAUUUGGAUGAUGUGAAAUCAUCCCUGGUGAACGAGUCCGAGAACAACAGCAGCUCCUCUGACUCCGAGCAAGCAGAGAGGCGCCCCCAGACUAGACCCGACUCGGAUCUUUACGAGAAGACGAGGGAUUACUUCAGCGAAGCUUUGAGGAGACAGCAAGAUGGAGGCUUCUUCAAGAGUCCCCACUACCCGGGCUAUCCUUUCCUAAUGAUCCCGGACCUCUCCAACCCCUACCUCUCCAACAGCCCGCUGUCCCCGAGCGCACGAACGUACCUGCAUAAAUGGCCUCUCCUGGACGUACCGGGAUCUGCAGGCCUCAAAGACCCCCGUUCCCCAACACCAGGACAUUUAUCCAACAAGGUCCCAGUGGUCCAGCAUGCCCACCACAUCCACCCCCUGAGCUCGCUCAUCAGCUACAGCAAUGAGCACUUCUCCCCGGGCACGCCUCCCGGCCACCUCUCACCGGAGAUCCUGGACCCCAAGACCGGUAUUCCCCGGACACCUCACCCAUCCGAGCUGUCGCCAUACUACCCCCUGUCGCCCGGGGCCGUGGGUCAGUUAUCCCACCCUCUCGGCUGGCUGGUGCCACAACAAGGGCAGCCCAUGUACUCCAUCCCCCCGGGGGGCUUCCGUCACCCCUAUCCAGCGCUGGCGAUGAAUGCGUCCAUGUCCAGCCUGGUGUCCAGCCGCUUCUCCCCCCACAUGGUGACCCACUCCCCCCACGGCCUGCACCAGACGGGGAUCCCCCACCCGGCCAUCGUCAGCCCGGCCAUCAAGCAGGAGCCGCACGGCGACCACAUCAGUUCCUCCAUGCACGCCCGGAAAUCGCCCGGACCUCCCAAGAAAGAGGAAGACAAGAAGCCCCACAUCAAGAAGCCGCUCAACGCCUUCAUGCUGUAUAUGAAGGAGAUGAGGGCCAAAGUCGUUGCAGAAUGCACCCUGAAAGAGAGUGCUGCCAUCAAUCAGAUUCUGGGGCGACGGUGGCACUCGCUAUCACGAGAGGAGCAGGCCAAAUACUACGAGCUGGCGAGGAAAGAGCGGCAACUGCACUCCCAGCUUUACCCCGGAUGGUCAGCCCGCGAUAACUACGGAAAGCGGAAAAAGAGGAAGAGAGAUAAUAAGCCAGACUCAACACCAGAGGACUUCUCCAUCAGGAACAAGAAGCAGUGCGUGCAGUACCUGCCCCCGGAGAAGAUGUGCGACAGCCCCGCCUCGUCCCACGGCAGCAUGCUCGACUCCCCGGCCACGCCCUCCGCGGCGCUGGCGUCCCCGGCCGCCCCGGCCACCCACUCCGAGCAGGCCCAGCCCCUGUCCCUCACCACCAAGCCCGAGGCCCACCACCACCACCACUUCCCCAUCUCCGGGAGGGCCUCCUCGUCCUCGACGUCCUCCUCGUCCUCGUCGCCGUCCUCCUCCUCCUCCUCCGUCCCGAUGGGCAGCUCCGGGAGCCAGCCCACCACCCCCGUCCUGAGCCGGCCCAUCCCCUUCGCGUCCCUCCACCCCUCCAUGCUGUCCCCGCCGUCGCCCUUCCACCAGGCCGCCCUCCACUCGCACCACGCCCUGUUCCAGUCACAGCCCCUCUCCCUGGUCACCAAAUCAAAUGACUGA